CGAAACGGUUAGUCAGCAGAGUUGCCGACACAGGCCGAGAUAUAAGGGCGGAGAGAAGAAAACUUUGGGACCUAUCUCCUUCCAUAAUUUUUCAGCAAGAGACUCCAUUCCAAUCUGGACCUCUUAGAAUUUUUAUUGAAUGCCCCUGUAAUAUACCUAAAGCAGUCCUGUCAUCUGAGCGUGUCUAUCAAGAUGGCUGAAUCCAUCGUACCUAGUGAAAAUGUCCUAAGGACUGGCAGUACCCCGUCUCCACAAGAAAGUUUGGAGAAAACACAGGAAAUCAACUUCCUGCCCAUGACCAGUGGCCGGUCCUCAGACUCUCAUGACUUAAGGGGAACAGAAGACUCCACUGACCAAAGGACGGAGGGAUCCGAACCGUCUGUGAUCAGCCGUGUCUCCAUGAAGAGUGACCAUUCAAUGGAUGUUCCGCUAAAAUUCAAGAAUAAUGUUCGCAACAAAAAAGAAUUAAGCAGUGCCUUGGAUCGGAAGUUAGUGGAUACCGAAGAAUAUAGUGAAGUUGCUGUUAACAGCCAAAGUGCAUAUAAAAGCUUUCUAAAGAGGAAGCUUCAAAAUGUGCACGAGAGCAUCGGCGGGCAGCUGGGGAUUGCACGCCUUUUCCAGGAAGCCUACACAGAGCUCUACAUUGUGGAGGGGGACUGCACGCAGGUCAACAUGGAACAUGAGGUCAGGCAAAUGGAGGUGUGUACCAGGAAGUUACAGGCAGCCCCGGAAAAGGUGGUCAAGUGUGAGGACAUGUUCAAACCCCCGUCUGGACAAGAGAGGCAAACGAGAGUGGUGUUGACAAAAGGACUGGCUGGCAUUGGCAAGACAUACUCUGUGCAGAAGUUAAUGUUGGACUGGGCUGAAGACAAAGCUUGCUCGGACAUUGGCUUUCUGUUGUCUCUGCAAUUCAGAGAGUUAAACCGCAUGAGGGAUGAGCAACUGAGUUUGUUCGAACUCUUGAAGCGUUUUCAUAUGAUGAUUGAAGACGAAGACUUGCGUAACCUUGACAAGUACAGUGUCGUUAUUGUAUUCGAUGGCCUGGAUGAAUGCAGACUGCCCCUGGACUUCCAGAAGAACUCCCCAUGGACUGACAUGGCCAAAGCAACAUCAGUGGAUGUGCUGCUGACCAACCUCAUCAAAGGGGAUCUGUUGCCCAGUGCCUCUGUGUGGAUAACAUCCCGACCUGCUGCAGCAAACAAGAUCCCUCCUGGUUGCGUUGAUGUGGUUACAGAGAUACGUGGGUUCCUCGACCCACAGAAGGAGGUGUAUUUCAGAAGAAGGUUUAGUGAUGAAAACUUGGCCACCAGAGCCAUCUCGCAUGUCAAAUCCGCAAGAAGCCUCUACAUCAUGUGUCACAUCCCUCUCUUUUGUUGGAUCAUGGCCACAGUCCUGGAGGACAUGUUGGACCAAAAUGAGACGAGAGAGAUUCCCAAGACUCUGACUGAGAUGUACAUCCGCUUCCUGGAGAUUCAAACUCGAACAACGGCCUCAAAGUAUGGAGAUGCUGAUAGCAGUCAGAUCAUUCUGACUCUGGGGAAAGUAGCCUUCAUACAGUUGGAGAAAGGCCAUCUCAUUUUCUAUGAGGAGGAUUUGGUUGAGUGCGGCAUCGAUGUGAACAAGGCCUCUGUGUACUCAGGAGUGUUCACCCAGAUCUUUAAAGAGGAACACGGACAUUGCAGCAACAAAGUCUUCUGCUUUGUCCACUUGAGCAUUCAGGAGUUUCUAGCUGCAGUAUACAAAACUGAGUUGAACAGCCGUCCACCUGGCUUCUUCCAUGGUUUCUUUUCUUGGUUUAGAAACCAUGACAUUUACCAGCGCAGUGUUGACGACGCCCUUCAGACCAGCGAUGGACACUUGGACCUCUACCUCCGCUUCCUCCUGGGACUAUCCCUGGAGACCAACUGGAGUUCCCUUCAGAGCCUGCUGGAAGCAGGUCAGGCUGGAAUCAGGUCAGGGAACAGGGAGAAGAUAUGUAAAUAUAUCAAAAAGAAGAUUGGGGAGAGCGCUUCCUCCGAAAGAUGUAUCAAUAUGUUUUAUUGCCUGAAUGAGCUCCACGACGACUCGCUGGUUGAAGAGGUUAAAAAAUUCCUUAACUCGAAAGACAAAGACAAACGUUCUCCUGCACAGUGGUCUGCCUUGGUGUUUGUGUUGCUCACAUCAGAGAACAAUCUGGAUGAGAUUGAUCUGAAGCAAUACUCUGCGUCAGAAGAGGGACUUCUGAGGCUACUGCCAGUGGUCAAAACCUGCAAAAAUGCUCGGUUGAACCAGUGCAACCUCACAGCCAGCUCCUGUGAAGCUCUACGCAGCGCGCUGAGCUGCUCAACGCUGACAGAGCUGGAUCUGAGUCACAACAGUCUGCAGGACUCGGGAGCCGAGGUGCUCUUUGGUGAAAUGAGGAGUCCACGCUGUAAGCUGGAGGUGUUGAGGCUCUCAGGGUGUUUGCUCACACAGCAGAGCUGUGGUGCUCUGGCCUUGGCCCUGACUUCCACUACUUCACUCAGAGAGCUGGACCUCAGUAUUAAUGACCUGGAGGACUCUGGCCUCCAACAGAUCUCUCCUGGCCUGGCCAGACUCCACAAGCUGAGCAUGAGCCAAUGCAGUUUGAGCCAUGUGUGCUGUGAGGCGCUGUCCUCAGCACUCAGCCAGACCCAGUGCGCCCUGAGAGAGCUGGACCUGAGCAACAACCACCUGCAGGAUCAAGGAGUGAAGCUGCUCUCGUGGGGACUCCAGAUUGUGAGCUGCCAACUGAGGAUAUUGAGUCUGCAGGUCUCGGGAGGCGAGGUGCUCUUUGGUGAAAUGAGGAGUUGUAAGCUGGAGGUGUUGAGGCUCUCAGGGUGUUUGCUCACACAGCAGAGCUGUGGUGCUCUGGCCUUGGCCCUGACUUCCACUACUUCACUCAGAGAGCUGGACCUCAGUAUUAAUGACCUGGAGGACUCUGGCCUCCAACAGAUCUCUCCUGGCCUGGCCAGACUCCACAAGCUGAGCAUGAGCCAAUGCAGUUUGAGCCAUGUGUGCUGUGAGGCGCUGUCCUCAGCACUCAGCCAGACCCAGUGCGCCCUGAGAGAGCUGGACCUGAGCAACAACCACCUGCAGGAUCAAGGAGUGAAGCUGCUCUCGUGGGGACUCCAGAUUGUGAGCUGCCAACUGAGGAUAUUGAGUCUGCAGGUCUCGGGAGGCGAGGUGCUCUUUGGUGAAAUGAGGAGUUGUAAGCUGGAGGUGUUGAGGCUCUCAGGGUGUUUGCUCACACAGCAGAGCUGUGGUGCUCUGGCCUUGGCCCUGACUUCCACUACUUCACUCAGAGAGCUGGACCUCAGUAUUAAUGACCUGGAGGACUCUGGCCUCCAACAGAUCUCUCCUGGCCUGGCCAGACUCCACAAGCUGAGCAUGAGCCAAUGCAGUUUGAGCCAUGCGUGCUGUGAGGCGCUGUCCUCAGCACUCAGCCAGCCCCACUCCGCCCUGAGAGAGCUGGACCUGAGCAACAACCACCUGCAGGAUCAGGGAGUGACGCUGCUCUCGUCGGGACUCCAGAGUGUGAGCUGCCAACUGAGGAUAUUGAGGCUGUCUGGUUGUGGGGUCUCAGGGGAAGGCUGUGAUUCCUUGGCUCAUGUCCUGACCUGUAAGCAGUCCAAACUGGCCGAGCUGGACCUCAGCUAUAAUCAUCUGGACGGACGGAAGCUGUCGGGGGCCAAACCAACCAUGAAACUUGAUGUGGAUCAUUGUGCAGAAUACAGGCUCCAACCUGGACUCCUAAAAUACGCCUGCAAGGUUACUAUGGACCCGCACACAGCGCACCAGAAUCUGGUCGUCUCCGACGACCACAGGACGACAACCUGGAAGCGACAGGCCCAGUCGCUGACUGACGUCGACCGAGCCGAGCGCUUCGACUCCCGACGACAGGUGCUGUGUGAGCAAGGACUGACAGGAGGGCGGAGCUACUGGGAGGCGGAGAUAACGAGAGAGGUCGAUUUAGGAGUGGCGUACAGAAGGCUGAAGAGGAAAGGCGAGGAUGGGACCUUAAUAGGAGAAAGCAACUCAUGGGGGAUGUUCCGCUCCGACACGAAUUACACCGUCCGUCACGAUGGCACGUCCCACUCACUGCCCAUCACCCCGACCGCUUCGGAAAGAGUCGGGAUGUAUCUCGACUGGGCCAAAGGCACGCUGUCCUUCUACAGCGUCUACUCUGACCGACACACACACCUUUACACUUUCCAGGCCACGUUCACCGACCCCCUCUACCCCGCAUUCGGGUUUGGUGUUAAUGCGGUGGUUCAUCUGCCUCAGAUUCAGGCAGAGUGAGUGAGGAACUCUCAUUAAACCUGAGGUCAAAGGCGAUCAAGAGAUUCACCCAUUGGGGGGGCAUCGACAAUACGGCGCACGUCAUGAAAAUUCGGUAUACAAGCAUUGCAAAAAUAAAUAAAAGUACACCUACUUUUGGACAGAGUUUUACUUUUGACUGACUACUGUAGAAACAGAUAGUCAAUAUAUUGUGCCGUCUCAAGUAAUCCUCUAGAAUGAAUCCAUUAUUAAAACAAUGUUUUGGGCUGUUUUAAUUUUUUAUACUUAGUUUCGUAAGUGUGUCAACUGUACUGAGUAAAUAAAUGUUA